GUGGGAGUAGAGACAGACGGGGGAGAAGUGCCUUCGUAGAGUAAGGGGGACAGCUGAGAUGUGGCACAGGGGGUAAUUUCAGGGCUGUGUGGUUUGGCUUGGUAGUGAAGCACAAUAGAAAUUGGGAGAAAGGGGGUGGAAUUUAGAUGUGUGACCUGCCCCGUAGCUUUCUUGCUCUCUGCAUUUAUCACAUCACAUCACACCCAGCAAGACAGCCCCCCUCCUCCUGGCUCAUUAGGAGAUUUGAUUCGGCUUGGCUCCUGCUGUCAGCAGCUGUCUGGGGCAAGAUCUUUAUGCUCCCUGCUCCCUGAGCAGCAACCAGCCUUCAGCCAGCAGCAGAGCUCAUUAGAAGAGGGCCCCCUGGACACUUGAUUUUCAGCUCAUUGGUGGCCGGAAAGAGUUAAUACCUACGGCUUUGCUGCCCCCUGCACAGCCUCUGGGUGCAGAGGGAGGCAGCUUUGGGCUGUGGGGACUUCUCCCUGAGCUGCAGCCAGAGGAGCAGGGAAGCAGGUUAGUGAGGCUGAAGAGGAAGGUACGGGAGGAGUGCCAGGCGAGCUCUGUUCAGGGGCACCUCCUGCAUCCUGCCAAUGAGGAUGGGCGUGCAGACUGUGCCCGGGAGCUGAGCCGCCGCCCGCUGGGUGUAGGCUGCUUCAGUAUUUACUGGAUGUGACAAGCAGAGAGAAGAGCUUUCAGCGGGGCCGCCUGCUGCCCGGCUCGAGUGGUGGGAGAACUCCUUAGCCUGCAGCCUCUCUGACCAUCCAGUUGGCAAAGACCUGCAGGCCAUGAGGACCGGUCAAAGACAGUGAGAGGACGUGAGAGGGAUUUACCCCUGUGCCCCGCAGUCUUAUCUCCCGCCCUGACGUCCCUGCACACCGGCCAGAGGGUUAACCGUAAGCGUGUGCCUGCAUGGCCGCUUUACUGAUGCCACGCAGGAACAAAGGGAUGAGGACCCGCCUGGGAUGCCUGUCUCACAAGUCAGACUCGUGUAGUGAUUUCACAGCUAUUCUUCCCGACAAACCCAACCGUGCUCUAAAGAGACUAUCCACAGAAGAAGCCACGAGGUGGGCAGAUUCCUUUGACGUGCUUCUCUCCCAUAAGUAUGGGGUGGCCGCCUUCCGCGCCUUUUUGAAGACCGAGUUCAGCGAGGAGAACCUAGAAUUCUGGCUGGCCUGUGAGGAGUUCAAGAAGACCAGAUCAACGGCAAAACUGGUCUCCAAGGCCCAUAGGAUCUUUGAGGAGUUUGUGGAUGUGCAGGCUCCGAGGGAGGUAAACAUAGACUUCCAGACCCGAGAAGCCACGAGGAAGAACAUGCAAGAGCCAUCCCUGACUUGCUUUGACCAAGCGCAGGGAAAAGUACACAGCCUCAUGGAGAAAGACUCUUAUCCCAGGUUCCUGAGGUCCAAAAUGUACUUAGAUUUGCUGUCCCAAAGCCAGAGGAGGCUCAGUUAGACCUCAGAUGGGGACUCUUGGAGAUCACUGGCUUCCCCCCUCCCCUUGCUGCCAAGACCAUAUUCUAAUGUGAAAUGUCAUAGGUGUUCAAAAAGCAAUGGCGUUUAGUUUGGGAGCCUGGGGGAUGAGGAGUGGAUGAAGGGCCAUUCCAAAGUAAGAUCCAGUCACCAGAGCUCGGACUCUAUUCCAUUAACCCAUGUUUGUGUUUUGGUUAGCGGUAGCACCUUGCUGCUGUUACCCUCCUUCUGGGUCAGCAACUUGCCCUUCACAAUGCCUUGGGUCAUUUCCGCUGAGAAGGCAGAUUUGCUAUGCUGGGCUAAUGUGUAAAUAAUGCAAAUGCAAUUCCCACCACUUCCACACCCUCCUCAGUUAGGAUUCCUGGCUCUAACUUGUACUAUACCCCUGUGAGGAAUAGCUAGAAGACUCUGGCUCACCUAGGUGAUUUGCUGUCACAAUGUAGUGGCCAGUGCUAGUGUAGGAGAGAGGUUUGUGGGGAAUCCCAGGUUUCUAACGCUGUCAUUGACAGGUGGCCUCUGGGAGAAGGGGCAAACUUCAUGGAGCUGGCUAUUUCUUCCAUUUCCACUAGACCAGUGUGAAAAGCUGUCAUCACUGCCCAUCUUAGCCUAGGAAAUUCACAAGACAUUUUUACCCUCACAAUUCCAUGAAGGGUCUUGGGAGAUCUCUUAUAUGAUUUCUGAUGUGGCAUCUGCUUUUAAGAAAGAUACAGCUUGCAGAUCUUCCUUGAUUCUACCAAGAAGUAUUCCAGAAGUCGAAUGACCAGGGAACAUAGCUCCAGUAGACUUUUGUGCAAUGGGGCGCCAUAUAACCUCUCUGUUGCUUAAUGUAUUCUCCGCCGUCACCUCCCUGUGGCAUCACACAUCACUGAUCUCUUAGAAUGACAGACAGCUUGGCAAAGGGAGGUGAAUUCCCAUAGCAUGGACAGCUUUCAUGGUGCCUAAUACUUUCCUUGUCUCUCCCUGUCCCCCUUCCAUGCAGGUCAUGUAAUUAUGAUGGGGGAGAAUGGGAACUUAGUCUGUAACUCUUCAGCUUGCUUCCUGGGAGCAUGCUUUCUUAGAAAGGUCUCUCUCAUGAGGGCCAUCUUGGCUAUUCAGCAACUUCCUUCUUGAUCUCUGACCUUUUGGGAUUGAACAUGGAACAGGAGGUGAGGCUAAGAUCACUGUGAACAUCUGGCUGUGGAGAAUCUUCCUAAAAUGCUUUCAUGGUACCCUGAGGCUCCUUUUGGAAAUGUGUCAGGAUACUCUUCCUUGGAGGGUGAGCGUAAAGCACCCUAGCUUCCUGAGAAAAAAGUGGACUUCGGCACAAAUUUGCAGUGCCAGGGAUAUGAAUCCUCAGCAGAGAGACCAGAAAGUGGAAGAGGAGUCUGGAAGAGGCUGGUCUCCAGGUGGACCAAAUCGUAGAGAAUAUGGUGGAGUUACUAUUGGGAUAAUUCACAGCCGGUGGAUUUGGAGUCAUUGCAGAUCUCCACAACUUUCAGCUUGACUAAAUGAAAUAGCUGCGAUUAGGCGUAAGCUCUGGAGUGCAGGCGAUUGAGAACUGGGCUGAAGCGUUCUCCUUUUGUGGGGUGAUGGGCCUCUUUAGGUACACAGGAUUCUAGUGUUUGCAUUCCUGUCCAGUAACUUUGUGAAUUUCUUCCUUCCUUGGCUGCAGCUAGACAAGUUCAAGAAGGCUCUUGAGUCCCACUGGUGUUAGGGUCCAUUGCUCCACCAUGACACGUUGUAUCUGUAAGUGAGGGCUGGUGAGUCUGUCUGAACCAUCAAGGAGAGAACACAUACCUCUUAGCCCUCACACCGAAGCACUCUGUAAAAUCUCAUGUUCAAGAACUCCGAUGCCUCAAAUAGGUGUUGUUAGUUAGAUCAGGUAGUGUUCCCCUGCCCCCACUGGUAAAAAACCAUUCUUAGCUAAAGCUGCCAGAAUUAAUUUAAUGAUCAAAUUCUUGAACAGGGUAUUUUAAACAUUGUUUACAUAUGAAAUGUAAAUAUUGUCGAAUGUCAACUCUACUGUCGAAUAUGAGGUGCAUGUAAAUUGGAACUGCACAGAGUUAUGGAAAAAUGAAA